AUGGCAAUUUGGAAUCAAACAGGUGUGAAAGAAUUCAUCCUGGUAGGUUUAACUGAAAACCCUACCUUGCAGGUUCCUCUCUUCUUACUUUUCAGCCUUAUCUAUCUCAUAACACUUUUAGGGAAUUGGGGGAUGAUUGCCUUGAUCUGGUUGAAUUCUCAACUUCAUACACCAAUGUACUUCUUCCUUAGCAACCUCUCUUUCUGUGACAUCUGCUACUCUACUGUCUUUGCUCCUAAGAUGCUGGUUAAUUUUUUAUCAGAACAUAAGUCCAGUGUAUUCUUCGCUUGUGUUCUACAGAGUUUCUUUUUUGCUGUGUAUAUAACCACAGAAGGUAUCCUCCUGUCUAUGAUGGCUUAUGACCGCUAUGUGGCCAUUGCAAACCCCUUAUUGUACACAGUCACUAUGACCCAAAGACUUUGCAUGCAAAUGGUUCUUGCAUCUUACUUGGGAGGACUCAUUAAUUCAUUGACACACACAAUAGGCUUGGUCAGACUAGACUUCUGUGGUCCAAACGUUGUGAAUCACUACUUCUGUGACAUUCCUCCACUUUUGAAGCUCUCAUGCUCAGAUGCACGCACCAAUGAGAUGCUGCUUCUGAUCUUCUCUGGAGUGUUUGCGGUGUUCACUUUUAUCAUAAUCAUGAUCUCUUAUAUUCAAAUUUUCAUUGCAAUACAGAGAAUCCGGUCAGCCGAGGGGAGGCACAAAGCUUUCUCCACUUGUGCAUCCCAUCUGACAGCAGUAACUUUAUUCUAUGGGUCUGUGACUUUUAGCUAUAUCCAGCCAAGUUCUCAGUAUUCCUUGGAACAGGAGAAGGUGUCUGCUGUGUUUUACACAUUGAUCAUCCCUAUGUUAAACCCACUGAUUUAUAGCCUGAGGAAUAAAGAUGUACAAGAAGCAGUAAAAAGAUCAAUUUGUCAGAAAAGGGGCACUUCUUGA